GAACAUAAUACGGUAUGGUUUACACUCAGAUGGGUUUAUCAAAGUUUAAAGAUCAGCCUACUUUCAACUGGGCUGAUUCGAUUGACGACACUUUGGUUAAAGAAGUUAAUGGUACGAAGAAUUCCUCAACCACUACUACUUCUGUCGAAUCACCAAGCAACAUUGACACCGGUAAUGAUGCCCAAAAGGAACAAAACGAUCCAACGAAUGUCACGAAGACCACAUUGGACACACAAACGGAGACUCAACAAACACUGAAGCCUAAAUCAGCUGCCGGGUCUGCAGACAAUCCGCCGGACGCUGCGAAAUCUUUAACAAAUUCUACUGAAAGUGACCAAACAGAAGCCCUCGUCAAGAACAAAAGUGCUGAAGAUGCUGCAACCAUACAGACCACCGACGGACCGAAACAAGACAUUGAGCCACAAGUUUUGUCCGGGACAGCUGGUGUUUCCGCCAACAAUGCCCAACCUACGCAAUACGUGCAGUAUUCCACAGCCGAUGGUGAAGUAUGCUGGGGUGUUGCUGCUAAUCAGAACUGGAGUGCUUCAUCUGUGCCAGUGAUUACGACGAACCAGCAUAUGGUCAUAGAUGUUUACAACUUAGGCGAACGUCUGUGUGCCCUGGAGACUCAGUGGGGUCAGUGGAUUCCAUACCUCAACUCAAAGAUCGACCACCUCACCAACUGCCACCAGCUACUCUUUGACGAUUGUAAUGUUCAAAAAGCGAACAUCAGCGACCUCAGCGAAAGGAUACACUACCAACAGUCGAAUGGAGGUGGGCAUCAGAGAGGUAGCUGGGCUUCUCGACAACAUGAUCGUCGUUACGACGGCUACAGAAAUAGGAAUACUGAACGGGAGCGACGUUAUAAUGAAGAAUCAAAGGAAGUGGUCGGCUACUAUGAAUACUACAAAAACCAGUUCAACCGCCCAUUUGGAAGGGGUAGGGGAAAUUACAGAAGAGAUCGACGAGACAACGAAUUUUAUCGUAAACAAGAUGACACACGUUACGGUUAUUACUAUCGAAACAGACAAUACGAAACUGCCGAAACCCAAGAGAGAGGCCAACGAUGGGACGAUGAGAAUCACUCAGAAGAAGACGAGAAAACCGAGAAGGAAGAGUCACGAUUCGACUGUGAGACACGUCAGAGGAGGGACGCCAGACAAGCUGAUGCGCACGCGCAACAUACACAAGAAGGCAGUGAUCAACAUAACGAUCUCGAAGAAGAAAGAGUCGUUAUCAUUCCCCAAAAGUCUUAAUCAUAAGUCUUUUAUUCAUGAUUUCGUCUUAAUUUAAUUAAAAUCCAUAAUAUUUUCAAUUUGUUAUUUCUCUUAAUAGUAUUAGUUAAAUUAGCGUUUUAAAUGCUUCGUUGUAUAUUGUUUAUUGUUGAUAAGGCAAAUCAUUAGCAUUUUGCCAUCUUUGGCAUGCUUAAGAACGUUUUCCUAAUUCCCGUAGCUUUCCACAAUUUUUGCUAUUUGUUAAGUUGUCUUUCUUCUAAGUAUAUAGAUAGGCCUAUAAGUUUAGUAGAGUGCAUAGUACAAUUAAUCUAACAGUAAUAAGAAUAACUAUGUUAAUAUAUGUAACUUAAUAAAAUGUUACUUUUUAUCACCCAGUGGUCUGUUUUUCUUUCUUUUAUAUCAACAUUCCUGAAACGAAUAGCCUUUUCGUUCGCAGAAUUUUGUUCUCUUGUUUGGACAACAGACAAUAAAUGUAUUUUUGCUUGCAUUUUAUAAGUGAAUAAUGUACAAGAUGCUCUUUUGAAAUCUAUCA